GGCAGGCCCGCUCUUUCCGUCCUUCUCUAUGGUCUGGCUGACUCGGCAGCGAUGUUGAUGUCUGGAGGGACGUGGCGGUGACAGAGAGGGGCUUCUUCGGGCGGAAAGGUGGAGGCGCCUCGACAGAGCCAGACAGAGCCUUAAGGUGCCACCGCCGCCGCCCCUGCUUCCAUUAGAUGAUAUGCUCUGGUCAUGUCCCAAAAGGAUGAUGAAUCUUUGAAAGAAGAUGCUUAUGAACCUGUUGAAAAUGACCAGAGGACAGAGGAAGCUGAGGCUACUGAGCCUGAUGGAGUGGAAACUGAGCCAGUGGCUAUGACACGGAAAAGACCUGAAGCCAAAACCUCUGAGCAUGUUGCUUCACAAGAGUCCCUGGGCCACAAAGAAAAGGAAUCCAGUUUAUCUGAUGGGUCACAAACAGGAUGGAACUAUUGGGGGAGUUGGGGGAAAUCAUUGCUCUCAACAGCUUCAGUUACAGUGGCUACCGUAGGUUAUGGCAUCUCAAAUGUCAUUGAAAAGGCAGAAACAUCUCUUGGGAUUCCAAACUCUACUGAAUUACAUUCUGAGGCCAAAGAUGCUACAGAAGAAAGCCAGCAUUUUGAAGAAGGUAACACUCACAAAGGAGAGGCUGAAAGUCUGUUGCCUAUAAGUGGUGCACUUGGAAUGCUUUCUACCCUUUCUGCUGCAGUUCAGAACACCGGAAAAACAGUUAUUAGCGGAAGUCUGGAUGCAUUAGAAUUUAUUGGGAAGAAGACUAUGGAUGUGAUUGCUGAAGGUGACCCUGGGUUCAAGAAAACGAAAGGCCUCAUGAAUAGAAAUUCUACACUUUCUCAGAUCUUGCGAGAGGCAAAAGAGAGAGAAGAACAACAACAGAUAUCCACGGAGGUUUCCAUGGCUACAGAGAAGAAAGCCCACUAUGGGCUAUUCUUUGAUGAGUUUCAGGGUCUUUCUCAUUUGGAAGCCUUAGAGAUGCUUUCAAGAGAGAGUGAAUCAAAGGUGAAGUCAGUUAUGAGCUCACUCUCUGGAGAGAAGUUAAAUACUUUAAAGGUGGAGGUGGAACAGCUGAAAGAAGCAUUUUCCUUAGCUGAAUUUUGUGAUGAUGAAGAGGAAGAAAAGAGAGAUGAGGAAGACUUCACAAAAGAAAUAACAGAUUUGUUUUUUGAACUACACAUCUCUACAAAGCCAACCAAACUGACCCAAGCAAGGAACUCUACUUGUGAAUUGGUUAAAAGCCUCAGAGUCCAGACUGUAAAAGCAGACAAACCGGAUGAAGAAGACGAGCAGGAGGACUCAGGAGAUGCUGGACAAGGGCAUAAAAAAUCAGUUGAGGAUAUUCAUACCCUUGCAAUUAGAAGCUUGGCAGAAUUGACAGCCUAUUCCAUUGAAGUAUUCCACAAAGCUGCUGAAUUGUUUCUUCAUGGUCAGAAAGAAGAGGUGCUAGCCGUAGAUCGAGCCAAAGCCCUUUCACAAAUGACCAUUGUGCUAUGUAAAGAAUUAUCAUCUCUUUCCAAGGACUUUGCUACCUGUUUAACAGCUGCAGGGAUGGAAGAGAAGGCAGAUGUCCUUAACCCUUUAAUCACUGGAGUAUUUUUGGAGGCUUCAAACAGCGCCUCUUACAUCCAAGAUGCCUUCCAGCUGCUCCUUCCCGUUCUUCAGAUCUCCCACAUCCAAAGUCGGACAGAGUUGACAAAAAUCUGACUGUACUAGAGCAGCACCCCUAGUCUUUUUGAAUGAUUACUCUCUGGUUCCACAAAAAUAAGGAGCAUGUAAUAAAGAGAUAACUUUGAUUUCUAGUUCCCACUGACCAAUAAUCAAAUGGCAAAUGUCUAUAACCUAUCUUAAGAAGAUAAAAUACAGACAAUAUAGCAAGCUUAGAAGUGUGGGAUGCUCAUGUUCUCUCUAUUACUGCUCCUGGUGUUUUGUUGAGAAAAUAAGGCAUUAAGCUCUUUGAUGGGAAGUUUAAAAAAAAAUAAAGAGCAAGAAUGCAUAUAUUUCUACACUCAUGGAAUCAAGGUGAAUUAUACAACAGGCAUGAUAAUUGUGUAAUCUGAUGAACCAUAUGCUCUUAGAAAGGCUACCUUAAGUUAAUUAUCAACUAAUCCAUGAUGAUAAUUACAGUAAAAAAAAGGUGUGGAGCAGUGUUCUUGUCGUGUCUAUACUUCAUUGACCCAUAGAGCCAAGGGAAGGAAGGUUGCAGCCCUGUGCAUAGUGAUCUGGGAAUAAACCUCAUCAGCUCGAGUGUGACUUGCUUCCAAGCAGAGUUAUGGUGAUUAAGUCAAAAGCCUGACUGGCUUAUGGCUUUUUUAGGCUUGACUGCUCAUUAAUGAAAGCUUACAGGUAAAUUGGGAAUUCUUAAAUCUAUUUAGAGGAAUGUAUUUCCAAGAUUUUAAAAAAAACAACAGACACUCCUUUGUGCAUAGAACAGAAGCUUGGACCUGAACUGGCUAAUGCAUUUUCAGUGUAGUUCUCUAGCAAUAAACAAAAAGAAUCUCAAGAGAUGUUUGCAUAAUUGAGUCGGGGAUUUAUUAAAACAGAAAGCUGGCAUAGCAAAAAUACAGAAUUAACAUGGUGUUUUGUUUCUCUUAGUCUAAUUUCAGGUGUUAAAAAAUUGAUCCCCAAAUUUACACUUGAUUCUUCAUAUGGUUUGCAGAAAACAGUUUCCCCCUUGUUCAGAAUUGCAAUUUGCAUCAUUGAGUUUCCCUCAGCCCUCAUUUUGGUGAUCCCACUUUUUUUUCAAAAGGAGUUCUAGAAUCAUUUUUAAAAACAAAACAACUUGUUUCAGAAAGUGUGACUACUUCCAUUUGUCUCCAAGGAUCAGGAAGGCCCUGACCCUUCAGAUGUUGGCAUCCAAUCCAUCAACUCAAGCUAGGCUUAGCCAAUGGUAAAGGGAAAUUAGUACAAUAGUUCAUCAUCAUCGGGAGUGCCUCAGAUUCCCUCUAUGAAUUAGAGGUAUAACCUAAUGAUGGAAUGGGGUUGUGUGAAUAUUUGCAUGGAAGGAAGAGUUGGACGGAGGUGAAUUGCAAGUUACUGCCACUUUUGGGAACAGAUUGAGCUUGUGAUUUUUUUGAUUAGGAUGGGCUUGUUGCAGUGUUUUAGCUCUGGUCUGAAUUUUCAGGCUCUUUGGUUUUUAAAGUCCUCCAAUUGGUAAAUCUGUUUACUACCAAAGUCUGGCCUAAAUUCAUUUGUUAGCAUCACCUAGAGUAGAGCCUUGCACCACUAGGAAUUUGCUAAGGAAGCAAAUCCCAUUGAUUUAGUGAAUCUACUCUAGCAAUUACAUUUAGCUCUCUUUUAUUAAGAAAAGCAGUAUUGGAACAACAUGUUUGAAAUUUGGCAACAAACAUGCUCAGUCUUGCACAGCAGGACAAAAAAAAUGCUCAGCUUUUGAUGUAUAGUAGAUCUUUUGGAAAGAUUUUUUUAAAGCAAAAGAUCUAUAUUUUGAAUAAAAAUGACAUUUGUGAGUAAAAUCUGCACUAUAUUAUAUAAUAAUGAUAAAUGGUCUGUAAUGUAAUAAAAAAAGUUUUGCAUUAA